CCCUGGCCGGCGUGCACGCGCGGGUGAUGCGCUAGCCAUGAUCUCGCAGAAGCUCUCGUACGGCGACGUGCCGACGUCCGCGUCGCUGUCCUCGCUGUCGCCCGGGCUCGCGCCGCCCUACGUCAACGGCAUGGGCUGCAUGCCGGCGCAGCCCUACCCCAACCUGUACGCCAACAACAUGGUGGCCGGCGGCUCCUGCAUGGGCUCGCCCGGGCUGGGCUACUCGCCGCCCAGCACCAUGGCGUCCUGCAUGGGCGGCGGCGGCGCCGUGCCCUACGGCUCGCUGCCGCGCGAGCAGGAGGCCGCCUCGCCCACCUCGGCGCUGCAGCGCGCGCGCAACGACAAGACCUACCGCCGCUCCUACACGCACGCCAAGCCGCCCUACUCCUACAUCAGCCUCAUCACCAUGGCCAUCCAGAACAGCUCCACGCGCAUGCUCACGCUCUCCGAGAUCUACCAGUUCAUCAUGGACCUGUUCCCGUUCUACCGACAGAACCAGCAGCGCUGGCAGAACUCGAUCCGGCACUCGCUGUCGUUCAACGACUGCUUCGUGAAGGUGCCGCGGACGCCGGACAAGCCGGGCAAGGGCUCGUUCUGGACGCUGCACCCGGACAGCGGGAACAUGUUCGAGAACGGCUGCUUCCUGCGGCGGCAGAAGCGGUUCAAGGACGAGAAGAAGGAGACGAUCCGGCAGGCGCAGAAGGCGGCGCACGGCCACGGGCACGGGCACGACAAGCGCGCCGAGCACGGCCACGAGAAGGCGCCGGCGCCGGGCGAGGACAAGGAGAUGCGCGACGAGCUGCUGGCCCAACUGCACGCGGCGCCCGAGCUGUGCCUGCCCGAGCACACGCCGCUGGCGCUGGAGCACUACGCGCAGCUGAAGCAGGAGCCCACGGGCUACGCGCCGCCGCCGCACCCCUUCAGCAUCACGCGCCUGCUGCCCGGCGCCGACUCCAAGUCCGAGCUGAAGAUGUACGACGUGAACUACGGCUACGGGCACGCGCCGGCCGACAACUACUACCAGUCGCCGCUGUACCACCACCACCACGCGCACGCGCAGCCGCCCUUGUGACAGUACCCGCUGGCCUAGGCGCGCCGCGCGCCCUGGCCCGCGCCCGACCACCCCGCGCCCUAGUAAGUCACAGACAAUCAGAAAUCUCAUACCGAUAUUGAAGUGAGCUCGUGUUCUGGUGAUAACUCGCCCCAUGUACAUUUGUGUAAAUAUUUAGGACGACUGUCCAUACUGUGUGCGUUUUAUUAGUAUGUAGAUGUUUAGUGCACGGACGCCGUGGGGCGAGCGGCCUCUGGCCUGAAGUUUUGACUUUUGCGGAAGUGUCCUUUGUGGUCUCUGCGUGAGUUUCGUGUGCCGGCUCUUAGAGCGUUGAAAGUAUGAUAAAACAAAAGUUAAACUGACUAUUUUGAUGUAUGAGAGAGCUUACGCCCGCCUAAAUCAAAUAGAAUACAACAAAAGUGAUAUAACACGAUAAUCUCGCGUAUAAUGCGAUCAAUACGAUACGUUAUCAGCAUUAUCUAUUGAACGCUAGAUAUUAUUCCAGCAGCGCGUUGAAGUCUUUUGCUCGGUCUAAACAAACACACAAUUAUGUUUUGUUUAAUAUAGUUAUUUAUUUGUACUAUUAUUUUGCUGGGUCACGCAAAUAAAAUCAAAGUUUUACGACUAAAUAAAAAAAAACAUUUACAAGGAAGCAGUACUCUCAAACAGUAGGUAUAAUUGAUUAAUGUGAUAAAUAAAUUAACUUAAAUGACUAUUAAGAAUAAAACAAAUUAUUAAACUGCUUAAAUUCGUAAUAAAAUAAUAUAAAUACAAAAAAUAAAGUCACUACAACAAAGUAUAUCAUAUUACCUCCUUUUAAAUUAACAUGGCCCUCAAAACUGUUGCUGAAAUCUGAUUAAAAUAAUUAUAUCCGUUUAAUUUUCACAUUUAUUUAUUACAAAAAUAUAUAAAAACGCGAAACAUUAACCGAAAUAAACAUUAUCUUUUAAAGAUAUUUUCUAGAUAAGUUAUAAAACAUCAGUUUUUCAUAUUUCUGUUCCUCAACUGUGGCAUCAGACACAAAAUUUCUAAAAUAUGUCACUGAGAUUAUGCGCGUUGAUUUUAAGUUUAUCUGCGUAGUGACUACGUUUCAUCAAUACAAGUGCCGCCUAUUCUAAUCAAAGUUGAAGACCAUCGGAAAUAAGUUACAAAAUCGUGAAUAUCUUAUCACAAACAGAUAGGCCUAGAGCACAAACAUAAAAAAUAUCUACAAUCCUCUUCCGCCGGCGUGCCAAAGGAAGGGUUAGGUUUAUUAGGUGUACAUAGCCUCACGACUAUUGUAGUUUGUCUAACAAGUCGGCACACAAAAAACCAGGGCCAUCAUAUCUCGGACCGUCGGACAGUGCAAUGUUUUGUGUAACAAAUUGUGUAUUAUAUAAUAUAAUUUAGAUAGGUGAAAUGGAAUUCUAGUUCUCUGUCAUCGACCAUCGCGAAUAGGUUCUAAAUAAGUUUUGUAUAUAUAUAGCAUAAGUAACAGUGCCGAAACGUGUGGUAGAAGUAAACGGGAUCAAAUAUUUAUUGUGAAUCUCCAUUUUUAUUGUUGAAAGUCCGUGAAGCUUAAGAUUUGCUUUGAUUGAAAAUGUUUUUCGUCGAUUACCGUCCUGUUUUCUUUUAUCACAUCCAGUGCACUGUGUGAGUUCUUAAUAAAGGUGUUUUGGUGUAAGAUAGGUUCCUAUCUAUGCUUCCGCACAUUCCAUUCGAAUAUAUAUUUAUAUGCAAGUGUAAAUUUAGCAGUGUGGUACAUCUACGUUUGGCAAGCGUAUAUGAUGUAACGUUUAACAAUACCAGAGUUGUUUUUCUAGCAAAUAGAAAAGCUAAACAUAAUCAAUAGCGAAUUUAUUUUAGUAAAUAUUUACUUUGAAGUGCGAACGUGGACAGCACUUGACUUUUCAGUUCUAUAAUGGAUUAGACCUUGAUUUCUCGUUUUUAGACCUAAAACCUUGAAUCUAACCUUUAGUUAAGUUGUCAAGACCACUUGACAGCUAGUUGACAUGAAUGUGUAAUUCCGACAUUUUGAGUUUUUAAAACCCGUUCGAAUCGACGGGUUUUUUUGUGUUACAGAGUAUUUUACCGAUAUAAAUAUUAUGAAAAACCUAUGAAUAUUAUUAUUAAUUUUAAAAUAAAUGUACAAGGUUAUUAUAUAGACUAAAAUAGAAACAUUUAUUAUGAAAUAAAUUUGUUUUCAUUAUUUUA